AUGGAUGGGAGUGUUCAAGGAACUUGGCUGAGAUCAGGUUUUGGUGAGUUAUGUGAUUAUCAUGGUGGAGUCUUCCUCUUUGAUUUCUUCGGUAGGGUGCAACGAUUAGUUAGUGGGGAUGCGGCUUUGGUUUUACAUGUAGAAAUUUUGGUACUCCAUCAUGGUUUUAGGCAUGAUGAGUGCCUGUCAGAUUCUCUGGUUUUGGUUAAUUUGCUGUGGUGUGCACCAAUCGUCAUUUAUGUAUAUGCUAAUGAGUUGAUGGAUAUUCGAAACUUGAUGGCAAAAGACUGGGAUUGUUCAUUGUCACAUUCUCUUCGGGAGGAUAAUAUGUAUGCAAAUGCUUUGACUAAGUUUGGGGUGUUGUAG